AUAACUAGUUAUUAAUUUUUAAAUGGCUGCUGAAGGUGGUAAAGAAAGGUACAAGUUUUCUGCGAAGUCCUUCCAGAAGUCUUCCUAUGAGAAGGAACUAUUCGAGCUAGUGGAACUAAGUGAAGUGCCUUUAGAUCAUGAUUUAUUCAAAGUUAUACUGGAACUGCUGAAAGAGAACGUUGCUCCCAGUGCUAUUGUGCAUGUACUGAAAGCUUUGAGGUCAGCAAGUGAGAGUUCUGCCCACUUGGAAGGCAGUACCGAUCAGCAAAGAACUGGUCAUUCAACAGGAGCUACACCUGAUAUUAAUAACUAAAAUAAUUAAUAAUUUGAUAUUUUUAAGCAGCUGUAUUUUGCAUCACUAGUCCCUCUCUCCCUCCACAAUCGCUCUUUGUCUAUUAUUAUU